AAAAAAAAAAAAAAAAAAAAAAAAAAAAAAAAAAAGUGUAUAUAGAUAGGGCAAGGUGGGAAAUCCUUAUACAUACAUUUCCGCAUAGACAAUAAUGCAUAAUAUUAAUGUGAACAGGCAUGAGCAGACAUUCACUUUUCAGGUGAAUUGAACUGGUUAUUCACUGUCUUCCCUUUGUUGUGGUUAUCACUCCCAAAUCAAUUUUUCACACCCACCUCCAUCGUUGUUGCCCUCCUCACCUUCCCUUCUUUUUUCCUCCUCCAACCAUGCAAACAUAACCAUGCCCACCAUCCUCUUCCUCACAAACAGCGAACUAGGCCAGGCCUCCGUCUGCCUAGCCGUCGCCCACGAAUUCCUCCUGCGCCCAACCUACACCAUCCACAUCGCCUCCUUCGCCUCCCUCCGCAACUCCAUCUCUCAACUCAACCUCCGCGCCAUCUCCUUCCUCCCCAUCUCCUCGCGCUCCGCCCGAGUACGCCCAGCAACCUUCCACAUCCUCCCGGGCCUCUCAAUGAAACAAGCUCUCGAGCAAUGCCACAUCUUCGACGCCAGCAAGGCCUUCAAACUCCACGGUUUGGGCUUCCAGGCUGCCUGCCAGGCGUACAAGGAUGUGUUGGCGAAGGUGAUCGCGCCGUGGAGUGGGGAGGAGUAUGUUGCGAUAUACGAUGAGUGUGUUAGUGUGAUUGAGAAGGUUGAUCCGGAGUUGGUUGUUGUGGAUGCGUUGUUUGGGCCGGCGUUGGAUGCGGUGCGGUCGAUUGGGGAAAGGUUUGUGGUUUUGAGUCCGAAUACGUUUAGGGAGCAUGCUGCGCAGCCGAAGUUGGCGGAGUUGUGGAAGUUUCCUAUGCUGUGCUCUGGAUAUCCUUAUCCGCUGCCGUGGAACCUGAUGCUUCCGAAUGCUAUUCUUGGUUUGCGCUUGCUGGCCGCGGUCAAGUCUAGUCCCCAGCUGAAGCAGGUUGGGAGAGCGCGCAAACGCCACGGUAUUAAUCACGCCAUUCCCGAUAUGUUUAUCAAUCCGGACGACAAGAAAGUCCUUGCCGUUAUCCUUCCCGGCCAUGCUGAGUGCGAAUUUCCCUGCUUCCUGCCUGACAAAUUCACUCUCUGUGGACCGAUCUUGCGACCCUACGCCCCUAUCUGCGACGAGCAUCCAGAUCUGGCGCAUUGGCUUGCUCAGCGGCCGACUGUGCUUGUUAGUCUGGGCUCGCUUGUGGUGUUCACCCCGUCUAUGGAGAGACAGUUUGCGAGGGGAUUGAAGAUGUUAUUGGAGACGAGACCGGAUAUGCAAGUCCUUUGGAAACUACCACGUGCUGAGCCGCAGAGCACCACGCAAGAAGAGACGUUGGAGUGUCUGUCUACAGAGAUCGGUGAAGGACGCGUCCGCAUAAUGCCUUGGCUGCCCGUGGAACCUAUCUGCAUCCUACAGAGCGGACGCGUGGAGUGCAUUGUACACCACGGCGGAGCCAACACCUUCUACGAAGCCAUCAAAGCCGGCGUCCCCCAGGUCGUCCUUCCCAUCUGGCUAGACACAUACGACUUCGCCCACCGCGUCGAAUACCUAGGCGUCGGCGUCUGGGGUAAUCGUCAGAACGCACCGGCCGUCAAGGGCUACGAACUCGGACAGGCGUUGAAGCGCAUGCUGGCUAGUGUGCAGAAAAUCAAAGUGCAACGGCGCGCGCGGGAGGUUGCGUCUGAGUUGGGUGGUAAGGAAGGUCGUGUGGUGGCUUAUAUAAUGGCCAACCAACACGUCGCAUGGGUCGGUCUGGGCAAUAUCGGCCGAGGCAUGGUCCAAAACAUCGCCGAGAAAGGUCCUCAGUCCUCUCUGACCGUCUACAACCGCACAACCUCCAAGGCGGAGUCUUUCGUCUCGACUCUUCCCCCCAACAAAGCCAGCGUCGCCUCGUCCCCCCCCGAAGCCGUGAACCCCGCAACCCUAAUCUUCACUUGUGUCGGUGACGACCCGGCGCUCGAUCAGAUCUUCGCUGCCAUUCUGGAAGCCAAGGAUCUGGAUAUCUCGGGUAAGACCUUUGUCGACUGCUCGACCGUGCACCCCGACACUUCGAGGAAGACGCAGGCUGCGCUUAGCCAGCGGGGAGCGGCGUUCGUCGCAUGCCCGGUGUUUGGUGCACCGAAUAUGGCUGUUGCGGGACAGUUGGUUGUUGUUCCUGCUGGAUCUGCAGAGGCAAUUGAGCGUGCGCGGCCGUAUCUGGACGGUGUUACUGCGCGUGCUACCCUCCCACUCACUGGCAACGAGGAUGUCGGCCGCGCGAGUCUUAUGAAGGUCCUCGGCAACACAUUCAUCCUCAACAUGGUCGAAUCACUCGCCGAAGGCGUCACCGCAGCCGAGAAGACCGGCCUGGGCGCGGAGAUGUACGAGCAAUGGGUCGCUGCGAUGUUCCCCGGCGCAUUUGCAAAGUACGCGGAACGGAUGACCUCGGGAGACUACCACAAACGCGAGGAGCCUCUUUUCGCGGUUGAUCUUGCGAGGAAGGAUUUGCGCCAUGCGAGUACGUUGGCUAGUGAGGGGGGUAUGAGGUUGAAAAGUGUGGAGGUUACGGAUGGGUACUUACAGGAGGUUAAGAAGGAGAGGGGGGAGAAGGGGGAUGUUGCAGCUGUUUAUGGGGCGAUUCGGAAGGAAGCUGGGUUGCCGUUUGCUAAUAACUAAGUUGUUUAGAUAGAGUGUAUAUAUAUUUAUAAGUAUCGGAAUUUCUCAACCCAUUGCAACUUUCCUCUUCCGGAUG